AAUGUCCCUGACCGCAGGGCUGGGCACCUCAGCAGAACAAUCCAUGAAGUGCUGUGGUGGGCCCUGCUUUUAUUUAUACUGGCCUCUUACCCAGGCUGGGCGCAGCUGGGAGACAGGCACCUGGCUGACCAGAGAGGCAUGUGGGCCUCCAUGUUAGGGAAUGAAAGCCACACAGGGGGACAAGCCCCAGAAACGUGUCAGUCAUGCUCAAUCAUUAGCUCAUUUGAAUACAACCCACUUCACAACUGCCUUGCGUCAGGCCCUGCUGAAGGAGAGAAGCCAGAGAAGGACUGCACGUUCCUGAGAACCAUCCAUUCAUAUGCUCUGUAGAGGGGGAUGGCACACACAGCGGGACAAGACAGAUUUCUGGAGAUUUAUUUGAAAACUGACUUCACCAUUUUCUUGAGUGUGUCCUUGAGCAAGGUGCUUAAUGUUUGAGGCUCAGCUUUCAACAGGCAAAAUGGGGGCCCAUGGACCACCUCUGAUCACAGUGGAAUCAUCAGAACAAAAUGGAGUGAACAUUUGCUAUGUGCCAGUCACUGUGUUAAGAACUUUAAACCAUGUGUUAAAUCAUGUGUAGCUCUCCCAGAGAGGUUCUAUUAUUAUCCUGUUUUAUAAAUGAAGAGGGUGAAGCAGAGAGGUUAGGUAAGUUUUUUGAGUCCACACAAAUAGUAAGUUGGGAAACUGGGAUUUGAACCCCAACAAUCUGGUUCUAGAGUCUGCUCUUAGCCACAGGAAGCUAUGGUCAGCCAAGAAGUAGAGCAAUGGAACAUGCUUUUAGGAAACCACAGGUUUAAGAAUUAAAGAAUUGAGCUUCUUUUUGCUUGGCAGCAAGAACAUGUACGGGCUGGUGAGGGAGAGCAUUCUGCACUGAGUGCACCGCCUGCAGACUUCCUUCCAUGCCUGGAGCUCACCCUUGGGACCUGAGAAUGCCUCAGGCAUUGGAGAGCCCAGACUUUCCCCAUCGAGCUUUGCGGGCUCACCUCUGCUGGGUUGCCAAGAUGGGGAACAGCAAUGAGAACCCACAUCUACCCCACCUCUCCUUGGCCAUGCUGCAUCUCUACAACCCUGUGCCACCCCUCUCCCAUACUGGAGUCACCAAAUACCAGCCACCACCCUACUUUCCACCUCCCUACCAGCAGUUGACUUACUCUCAAACAGAAGACCUCUACUUGCAUCUGGGAGAAGUAUAUGCUGCUGCCAUCAACCCCCUCCACCAGCCAGCACCCACUGACGAUCAGGCACAGGCCUGGCCCAGCUGCCAGAGCCAGGAGGGGGCUGGCUUGCCUUUGCACCACAGGCACCCUGCCAGCCCUCCCCACAUCUCCAGGCUGGACUGUGGUGCUACGAGUGUCCACAGGGAUAGCUACCCCCUCUCAGACCUGCUGCUACCCCACGCACAAACUCUGGACCUCUGGAUACGUGCAGGCCUGGUGGAGAACCUGGGCCUUCAAGACAGGGGUCAACAGAUCGAGGAGGUGCAGAUCAUGGAGGAGCAGCAUCUGCUUCUGCAUGAUGGGACUGUUAUUCACAAAGACCCAUCUCCUGACCAAGAACCCCUGAGUCUCCUCUGUCAGAAGGAGCUGGCGGCCACUGGCAUGAACCCCAGUGAGGUCUUCUGCUCUGUCCCUGGAAGAUUGUCCAUCCUGAGCUCCACACCUAGAUACAAAAUGAUAGUUUCUAAAGUCCAGAGGCGAUUGCCCCCACCUCAGUGCUUACAUGCCUCAUUACUGGGAGGUAUUCUCGGAAGAGCCAACUCUAAAAAUGGAGGCCGGCCCUUGCAGGUAUUGGACAAAAUGGGGCUGAGGCUUCCAACCCGGAGACUGAAGACCACACAUGUGUCCCUCCUGACGUCCUUAGUAGAAGAGGAAGCCAAUCAUUUGGCUCAGGACUUUGUGUGUGUCUGUGAAGCAGAGUUUCCCAGUAAACUGGUGUCUGAGUACUUAAUCAGACCUCACCUCAGAGGACAGAAGGAGAUGGCAGUGAGAAAGAACAUGGUGCUGGCUGCACAGCAAGUGUGUAAAGAAUUCACGGACCUUCUCAACCAAGAUCAAACACCCAACGGGAACAAUCUGCCUGCCCUAGUCUUGGAGGCCAACAUUCAGAACUGCUUGUCACACUUCAGCCCGAUUACCCACGGGUUUGGCAGCCAGGCCAUCUGUGCCACUGUGUCUGCUGUGCAGAACUACAUAAAAGAGGCCUUGCUCAUCCUAGACAAAUCCUACAUGAACCCUGGAGCCCAGAGCCCAGCCGAUUCCAGGAAGACCCUGGAGAAAAUGGAGAAGCACCCGAAAUGAAGUUGGUGGGGACACAGGACUGAAAAGUCUGGAAGGGCAAACAUCUUCCAAAACCACUCUGGACCAGCACAGACAGGGGAACCCCUCUUCCCUGGCAGACAAGUGGAGCUUGUUACCCUCGUUCCUAUUAGAAAGGCCUCUGGCUCUCCGGAUCAUGGCUUGACCAUGACCUCUUGGAGUCCUUAGUAUUUCCCUGGCACUGAAGCAUGGGACACAUUAUCAGAAGGUGAUAGGUACUGGUUCUUGACCCAUUAGGCUUAUGUUUUAUUAUUUUGAACCCCAUUCUUCCUGUCUCUCAAGUGGUGCUACAAGUUUUCCAACCUUUUCAAUACAUCCCCUGGGCUAAAAAAGAAACUCCACAUGCUUAGCUGUUGAAAUGUCUAAUUUGAUGUCAAUCAAAUCAAAUAACUUACAUUGUUAAAGUAAUUGCUGGCUUUUGUGCCCACCAAGAAUUCAUCUUCAAAAAAAGUAUUUAUCUGUUUUUUUCAGAUAUUGAAUCCUACACACAGUAGGAGGCAGAUUCUAUCUGCUUAACAACUAGUGAAUAGGUGGUAUCAGACAUGCUUAAAAAGCCCCUUGUUCAAAGGGGUCCUUUGGGUUUUACAAAACUUGUAGAAACAAAGCCUGCUUAUGAUUUUAUGUUUUUCUUAACUUUGAAAAUUCUUCAAAUGGGAGAUUCUUUGGAAUGGCGUGUACCUUUGAGGUACUGAAGCUUUAUUGGCAUAUUUAUUUCACAUCUGGGUGUGUGAGAAGACUUGGGAAGGGGAGGCAUGAAGCGUUUUGGCCACCUGUCAUCCCCAGUCCCAGAGGAAGUGCUGUUACUUUGAGAAACAGUAUGUGGAGUGCACAGAAUUUAUUUAUGCAUAACAAUCUGGUUUGUAAACACAGGGACACUUCUUAAUGACUUUGAGAAUGGAGUUUCAUUUCAAUAACUUUUAAAGGGGAUAGGGUCAU